ACGGAUGUAAACAGACCCCGAGGAAAGGGAGCGAGGCGCCGCGUGGAGGGCAGCUCAACACAACACACACGCCCCUGCACCACCCCAGGACACCCUCAGGAGCCCACGAGUAUCCUAUUAGCCCUAGUCAGCCCCUCCGCAGCCCUCACACCAUGCUGCCCACGUUCAAGAAGGCCGUGGAGGUGACGCUCUCCAACUGGCCGGCCCUGCAGUUUGCGGUGCAGCAGCAGGCUGGUGGGGCAGAGAGCGCAGCCAUCGCCGAGUGGAUGGUGGGCGUCACUGAACAGUAUUUCUACGACAAUCAGGACCUGGAGGCCGAGGAGGUGGCGGAGUACCUGACCACCAUCAUGGACCAGGAACUCAACACCAUGGUGGAGGACGAGUCAGACACAGAGAUUGGGUCGUGUUUGUGCCGCUACUAUCAGCUGUGUGUGGCCGGGAGCGACGCGCAGGUGCUGAGUGAACUCGCCAAGAUCCCCACAGGCAACAAGGUGCCCGCCAGAUUCCAGGACCUGAGUGAGGAGGGAAACAAUGAUGAGGCUGCCAAGCCCCCCCAGCUGGUGGACCAGCUUGGGGCAAUGCAACUGGCUGAGACGUCGAAUGGGGCCGAGCCACAGCAGCUGACAUCAAAGCAGCAGCAGGACAAGGUUGACAGGUGGUUGAUGGUGCCGCGGCAGACUGAGCCACAGCAGCCCACAGAAGAGCAGCAGCAGGACAUGGCCGAUGGCUGGACGAUGGUACAGCGGCGGAAACACAAGUGAUGGAGCCUCAAUAAAGGGUGUUGGUUGUG